CACUGGACUUUUACCUCACGCUCUGAAUUCCCAGUGAAAGGAGAUGAAAAAUGAAAACUCUGUUGGUUUAAGAAGCAGCUGACUAGUGUAGGGAUCCAGAGCUUCCAGGCACCUCUUCUGAUACUAGGGAAGGAAAAUUGUCAGCAUCAUGUGAGAGGUACAUCCAGGGAGCGAAUCUUGAGCGCUUGUCUGCAGAGUUAUCUGAGGGUAAAAGUCCCAUUUGUGCAGUCCCAGAGGUCCCUCCUAGCUGUCCGCGGAGCACAGGGGCACUUCUGUGGUCGCCCUACAAGCUAAACGCUCAUUGCAUCUUUUUUCAUCAUUUCUAAACAGCGGUAACGGAAUCCCAAUGAUCCUGGGAAAUCAUGUAUUGAAGUCCAUCUGAUUUUUGUAUUACAUGCUAAUGCCCCAAAUGGAAUUUAAAACAAAUUAUUAUUAUUAUAGAAAGAAAAUUUAUGAAUAGUUAGAUCCUGUUGGUCUUCAGAGGCUUGUAUAAUGGAAGAUUUUACAUAUCUUUUUGGCUAAAAACUUUCUAAAUGUGAUAAAUUUUGGGAAGUAGUGAAAGAAAUACCGUCUCUACAGUUAAGAAAAACUACCUUUUAAGUGGCUUAAAUAGCAUUGGCAGACUGAAUUUUGUGGUAGCAACUGGGAAAUUUUAGAAUGAUCCUGAUGCAUAAUAGCAUUUGUAUUUUAAAAUUCUGUACUAACUAUAAACCUAAAUUUUUUCAGACUUAAAAAUAUACUUAAACCCUCUUUUUCUUUAAAGAAAUCCUGCUUGGGCUCAAUAUAGUAUGAAUACAGAAUGAUUUUCAAGAUAUAAUCUAAAUUCUAAUAAAUUUCUUUUCAGCCACAAUUAAAAAAUACUCAAAAACUUUUCAGUCUUCACUUAACUAGUAGUUAUGAAAAAUAUUGCUUAUUAUUCAUUAAAAUGCAACAGUACCCACAGCUUCUUCGAAGACCCUUACCUCCCCAAAUCCCUAAGCUGUCUUCGUAUAAGAAGAAAAUUCAUACAGCCAAGACUGAUGAAACUAAGCCAAUUCGAAUAAAGUUUACUGGUACUAAAGAUGGAACUUCUUCAAGUAAAAGAGAUAAAACCAAUUUUCCUGAUGUUGUUUCAAGAAAUCAAUCGCAAACACUUGUGAAGAUCCAAAAUAUCUUUCUUGAUUAUCCUGAACCAGAAAGAAUGACUCCUAUUCCAGUAAUCCACAAAUCUACUAAAAAUGUUUAUUCACACAUUCCAGAUACUGUUUCAGUUCCUGGUCCUAUAUUUCUUCCAAGUCACCCAGCACCUACUCAAAUUUUUAGGAAAGAAAUAAAGCAGGUGGAACGUUCAAGAAAGUCCCCCAAAGGACCCCACAAAGUAGGAAAGAUUUGUAUUGACAAAAAAUUACAAAACAUUUUAAUUCUUUCUUCAAUAUGCUCUAAAUCUGCAAAUGUUCCUUGCCCGAUUAUUGAUACCAAUUUCAAAAACAUGCACUCUGAGCAUAAACUCUUACCAAAAAGUCAAGACUAUAUUAGAGUGUCCCCUCUGAGAACUGUAAGUGCAACAUUGCCAACCCCUCUGCCUAGCACUGCAUCUACUAAAGAGGAAAGUCUGUGGGCUACACCUUUCCAACACAGUGUUUCAGUCCUUGGUAAAGUGAUCUUAAGCAUUAAUCAAUUUCCAGCUUCCGUUUCCUUGCCAAAACCAACUUUACCAAGAAAACCUCGAAGACAGUCUGUGAUAGAAAAUCUUGCCAUAGAAAAUGAAAAAGCAGGCAGUAUACCAAAACCAACUGAAGGUAUCACUAGAAGAAAAAUAGAUUAUUCAGAUGCCCAUAUUUUACGUGGUGAAGGUUUUAGAACUGUUGCAGCAAUGGGAUAUGAAACUGUCACAGCAAUGACCGAGCUGGCCAUAGUAAACUGCAAAAUACACGGGAGGAAUGCACUUAAUCUUAAGGGAUUUUUUAUCACGAAUUGUCCAGACUUAACACCUUUGGCUUUCCAAUUGAUAUAUCUUAAUUUAUCAUUCAAUGAUCUCACUAAAUUUCCCAUAGAAAUAUUUUGCCUUAAAAAUUUACAAAUACUGAAACUGAGAAACAAUCCUAUCAAAGCAAUUCCUUCUGAUAUUCAACAACUUAAAUUCCUUAGAAUUUUCAGCAUUGCCUUUAAUUUCAUCUCUGAGCUUCCGUUUGGGUUAUUUUCCUUGUCCCAUCUUGAGGAACUGGAUGUUUCCUACAAUGAAAUCACUUCUAUUCCAAGUGACAUCCAGAAACUUAGAUCACUGGAAAAAUUGAAUAUUGAUGGAAAUUAUUUAUUUUACUUGCCACCUGGAAUUUUGAAGCUUAACCUAACAAAGAUCUCCCUUGAGAAUACAUUUACUCAUCACAGAUUUUGGACAGAGAAUUCUUUGAUUAGUCCCCCACGACUUACUCAUAUUACUUCUUUGUUCAUCGUCAGAAGUGAUCUAUGUACAUCUUAUGGUGUGAUUCCAGUGAAAAUUCAAAGGUUACUAAAAAGCACAUCCAGGUGUGAAUGGUGUCAUGGUCCCAAGUUUGGGGAAGGUUUUGGUGUCAUCCGAUCCUGCAAUAUUUUUGGAGCAUUGCAACUUCCUGUUAAGUUUCAUACCUGUUCUUCUUCCUGUUAUAGAGAAUUAAAAGAAAGCAGUUUUAUUUUUGAUGGUUUUCUUGGCAAACACAUCGCUUUAAAUAUGGACUGGUUGAAAGAAAGAAAGCCCAGUGAUGUAUCAUUCCUUCUGUAGCUGCUAAUGAAGUGGCUUUAGCCUGAUUCUAUUUGGAAGCACUACCUUUACUAAGGCCUUGAGUGAAAGCCCAAC